UUCGAGCGAAAUUUUGUUGCAUUUUUAAAAUUUUGCCUAUGUUUCUCGAAUUCAAAAGUUUUAUUUCUAAUUACUUUCUACGAUAUUCGGAAUUUCUUUGGUUUUUGCAUUGCUGUCGUAUAUAUAAUAAUUCUGCAGCAAAUCAGAAUGUGAACACUCGCUGAUUUCCAGUCGGCUCUGACUUAUGCCAGAGUUCUCAGUUGCUCGGAAUUCUGUUUAAAAAAAUUAAUAAUAAUUAUAAAUUGUCGAAUUUGCUCUUUGUCGACUUUUUGAUCGCUCUGUUUAUGGUCUCGUGUGGUUAACGUUUUGGUUAAUUCUUUUGCCAGUUGGUUGCAUGUGAAUACUUGGUGUAUACUUUAAAUAAUAUGCCUGCACUCGAAUCAGGAUCACAGAUCAGCGGAAUGAGUUUUCCUGCUACGGACGGCACAGCAGACUUUCCCAUGGUGCCAGCUCAGUCGGAGAAAUCUCAGGUUUUCACUAAAGCCCUAUUCCUUGGUGGUGUAGCCUCACUAGGUGUGCUGGCCGGAUUCGGAUCCGCCUUGACCAUGGCCAAGAAGCGCGACCCUACCUCCUUCGACAAGGGCCUGUUGGCAGGAGCAGAGCGCCUGGAGAGCGGAGGUGCCCUAGCAAUGAGGGCGCUGGGCUGGGGCACGCUAUGGGCGGUCGGCGGAGUGGGCCUGCUAUGUUUGACCGUGUACAAAAUUCUGGAUGUGCAAAGUGCCGGCGAUUUCCGCCGGAAGAUGGCCGCACUGAUGCCCCGGGUGCCAAAAAAAUCCGGUGACUCCAGUCAGCGGACGGAAUUUGCCAGUAUUCGCGAAUUUUUCGAGUAUAUCAGCCAGGAAACAAAGUCCAAAUAGAAUAAUAGAUUAUUGUAAUUACGAAAAAAAUGUUUUCUUAAUGAUUGGCAUUUGCCAGUUUGUGAUAUUUAUUUUGUUUGCCAUAAAAAGGGAAAUCAAGACAAACGAGAACUUACCAGAACUGCGCAUUUUAUACAGUGAUUUUCAUACUGCAAUACCGCUUGACUCGCGGCUUGAGUGGUAUAC